UAGUCUAGUUGACUUGUUUCUUCAUUCUCUUCUCUGUUCCCUUUCCUUUCAGUUUUUAUGCAUGAUGCCUUUUUUCCGAGUAUUUUUGGGAAGUUCUGACUUGGUAAAAGUGGUGGUAGUGGUUAAAGAUACCACAUGUUGGGAGAUUUCCUCCCUAAAUAGUAAACCAUGCAUGUAGGACCAGGUCCACCAUAAGCAUGUCAAGUGAGACAAGUACACGGUAGAUCCAAAAAUGGUGGGUUAGGAAUGGCCGAGACACAACAAAAAAUGGAAAGAAAGGGUCCGUGCUCGGUAAUCUUUUUCUCCGUAUGAAUGUUAUGUGAGUGUUUUGAUAGAACACAUUCACAUGGACUUUUCCUGGCUGCAGAAUGCCAUUCAGUGAACUAUUAGUGGUUGUACACUUCCAUGAACCUAAGAAGAUUCUUCUUUAUCUGCUAUAAAUCUGCGUUUACUUUUGCCUCCUAAGGUUUCAAAAAGCCAUGAAUAGUGACGUGCAUUAAGAUACCAGUCUCUGAUACCAGACUGGUAUAGUUGGGAUCUCAUAUCUCUUUCACAGCUUAAUGUGGUGACUUCCUGUCCCAACUACAGAAACUCUUCUGCUGUCAAUUGAACCCCAGCACCUUGUAUUAUUUUCGCCUCUGCAUAUAUGCCAAAAGCUCAUUGAUCUGCUUCCAUCACAAGUCGAGGGAGAAUGAAUUCUACAUCCACUCAGUUCGUAACCUCCGGAAGGAUGGGCAUUUAUGACCCUAUGCACCAGAUUGGUAUGUGGGGAGAAAACUUCAAGAGUAAUAGAAAUACAAGUACUUCAACUAUGUUUAUAGCAGGUAAUCCAAAUCCAUCUGCAUCGAUAAUUAUAGCACCAGACACAAAGCUAGACAAUCAGUCAGAGGAUACUUCACAAGGUACGCUUGGACCUUCUACCAAGUAUGAUCAAGAAGCAUCUAAGCCUUCUGAUAAGGUACAAAGACGUCUUGCACAAAAUCGCGAGGCUGCUCGUAAAAGCCGUUUACGGAAGAAGGCUUAUGUUCAGCAGUUAGAAUCAAGUCGUACGAAGCUCCUUCAGUUGGAGCAGGAGCUUGACAGAGCUAGAAAACAGGGCCUGUAUAUAGGUGGUGGAGUAGAUACCAGUCAGCUAGGCUUUGGUGGAGCUACAAACUCAGAGAUCCCAACUUUUGAGAUGGAGUAUCGGCGCUGGUUGGAGGAGCAAAAUAGACAUAUUUGUGACAUGAAAAUAGCUUUAAAUGCUCAUAUCAGUGACGCAGAGCUCCACAUACGUGUAGAAAGCGUCAUGAGCCACUAUUCUGAACUUUUUCGCAUGAAAGCAACUGCAGCUAAAGCUGAUGUUUUUUAUGUGAUGUCUGGCUUGUGGAAAUCAUCGGCAGAAAGGUUUUUAUUGUGGAUUGGAGGGUUUCGCCCUUCAGAACUUCUUAAGAUUCUCUUGCCUCACAUUGAGCCCUUGUCAGAACAGCAAGUUGUGAAUGCUCUUAAUCUUAGACAAUCAUGCCAGCAAGCUGAAGAUGCUCUUUCACAAGGAAUGGAGAAACUCCAGCAAACUCUAGCAGAGACUGUGGCAGCUGGUCAAUUGGGUGAAGCCAGUUACUCGCCUCACAAGGAAACUGCAAUGAAGAAGCUAGAAGAUCUGGUCCGCUUUGUGCAGCAGGCGGACCAUCUACGCCAGGAGACUUUGCAGCAGAUGUCUCGGAUCUUAACAACACGCCAGGCAGCUCGAGGCCUUCUUGCUUUAGGAGAAUACUUCCAACGGCUUAGGGUUCUGAGUUCACUUUGGGCACCUCGCCCUUGCGAGCCUGCCUAGAUUCGGUAAUGUUGUUAUCUUAUAUAGAAGAUUCAAGCUACUGGCAUUUUUCAAGCAGCAUCCCACAAUUGGAAAGAUGUAGAUAUAAAUAGCCAUCCUAUCAAAGGUAGUUUGUGGUGAAAUCAAUUUUCAAUGCUGUUACUGUCUUGCCAUCGAAUGAUAUAUUACGUUUCGAGUUUGCAGGUGAAACUUCGUCAUGUAAAUUGGUAUUUGUAUUUUUUCGUUUUCAUCUGCCUUGUACAUAAUUGGUGAAUAUUGCUGCUUAUUUGUCGUCUCCCAUCUCCCUUGCUUAUGCAAAACCCUACUUGACUUUGA